AUGUCCCCUGCCAUACCCUGCGGCUUUCGUGCUCUUCCAAUACCUUUGGUACAACUAUCUUUGGCAGCUGUCUUGAAAUGCGGCCAGUCAUUCCGCUGGUCCAUAUAUCCUCUCCAUGCCAGUGCUCCGUCGGAUCCUCACUUCCCCACCCACGAAUAUCGCUUUUGUCUCCGGGAUCGCGUCAUAUGUCUACGACAGUCGCGGGACACGCUUUUCUACCGCACUGUACUCCCUGAAUCCUCGCGCUCGUCAUCUGAAAGGUCACAGUAUGAAGCGGAGACACUUGCUUGGAUCAACGACUACUUUCAGCUGGACGUCGAUCUUGUCAAGCUAUAUGACGAGUGGAGUAAGAGGGAUGCAGUUUUUGCUAGACUCAGAGAGAGGUUCGAAGGCAUUCGUAUGCUAAGGCAGGACCCUUGGGAGAAUCUAAUUUCUUUCAUAUGCUCCUCGAACAACAACAUAGCACGUAUCACCAAGAUGGUCAAUGCUUUGUGCAGCAAUUACUCGCCACCCCUCCUCUCCAUGGAAUUGCCGCCAUUGGAAUCCGAUAUCUCGCAAGAGCCUCUGACUCCGGCCUCAAAUUCUCCAGAACCCGAACAAGAGCAACAUACGUUCCACCCGUUCCCCCCACCUUCACGACUCGCACAACCAGAAGUCGCGUCCGAACUACGAAAACUUGGAUUUGGAUAUCGUGCCGACUUUAUUCAAAAGACGGCUAAAAUGUUGGUUGAUGCACAUGGAGCGUCAGUGGCAGACGAAGUCACCGAGCAGCCAGAGAAAUGGCUCAUGACCUUGCGGGACCUGCCUACAGCACAGGCAAGAGUGGAGUUGUUGAAGCUGAUGGGUGUAGGCCGUAAAGUGGCCGAUUGUAUUCUGCUAAUGAGCCUAGACAAGCGAGAAGUCGUACCAGUCGACACCCACGUCCACCAGAUAGCAAUCAAGCAUUACGGCAUGCGCGGUAGUUCCGGUGCAAAACAAAACAUGACACCAAAGUUGUACGACGAGGUCAACAACAAGCUUACUACGGUCUGGGGAGAAUAUGCCGGCUGGGCUCAUUCCGUCCUCUUCACUGCGGACUUGAAGUCAUUCUCUUCGUAUGGCCUCACGAGUCCUGCCUCCACGCCCAGCAAGCACUCCUCUUCACCAGCGUUGGUCGUCGGUGCCACACUGUCCGCUUUGCCUACGCCACCCAUAACGCCGCUGGUAGAAUCUCCCUCACCAUCCAAGAAACGCAGACGGAAGGCAGCGAAGGAUCCAGCGGAGAAGCCACCAACGACUAUCCCUGUUGAUGACGACGUUCUUCCAUCGUUUGCGACCUUGGCUGAAAGGGUGAAGAGGAGGCUCAGAACGUAG